UGUCAUUUCACCUGAUCAAACAGUGUCCAUAGCAAGCGAAACGUUAGGCAAUUGAGCUCGUGCUCAUUCCGCGGAAUCUUUGAGAGCUUAUCCUGACACGCUCAGCUCCUCCUUCAUCUCCUCCUGCAUCUUCUGUGCUUUCCGACCUGCAUACCCCCUGAUGAUUUAGAUGAACAAUAUCCCGGGCGUUAAUUCUCCUACGCAAGCGCAGCACCCUGAAGGUUCGCCGCAACCUUCCCGAACUUAACUAUAUUUGCCUGGGAAGCUCGACCUCUCACACAAACCCCCCGACUUCGAUCGUUGCGCAUCAGCCGUCUUCUAUAAUCAUCCCCCCUUCCACCGAUUGAAUACACGCUCCAAAUGAAGUUCGCAUCGAUACCAAUGCCCGACGCGGCAGCCGUCGUCCUGUUGCUCCUGGUAUCUGUCUCGCCCGUGGCAUCGAUGCUACAUUGCAACCAGAUUAUCGCCGAUGGGAAGAAGUUCGAUUUAUCCAAGCUCGGGGGUCCUCACUCGGUCGUCGUCUCGGAACUGGUGGCGGGCAAUUACCACAACACGACUUUCACGACCGACAUAUGCCGGCAGCUGAAGCGCAAAGGCACUGUGCCGGAAGGAGAAACAUGUAGAAAUGGGGCCCGAGUAUGCGCAAUCACGCGGCUGAUCGGCAAAGGCGAUGACCACGAAGUCAUCGAAAAGAUCGAAAUCGCCGGUGAACUGGCCGACUACGGUGGUGGUCACCUCGAUGCCGUGGCCCACAAUCUGGGCUCGUCAGACUCCAUCGGCGACUCAGGCAAGGAGGGCGUGCGCAUUACCAUGAACGGUGGGUUUCGCGAGGCCUAUGGCCAGAAGCGCCCGCAGAAGGCUGUUAUCGAGUUUCUCUGCGACAAAGACCGCGAAGGCACCGAGGGCGAGUGGGAUCCCGAGGACGAUAAGUACGAAGAGGGCGACGACCCGCUGCGGAUCCGGAGUUUUGGCGCCAUGGAGGAUGGCGAGAAGGACGGGGGUGAGGGGGACGGGAAGCCGAAGUUGGUGCAGCUGGGACCUGCUAACGCCAGUCUUGUCUUUGAGAGCUAUGGCGCGGUUGACGAAAGUAGCAAUACCGACGUUCUGAAACUGACGUGGAAGUCGAAGUACGCAUGUUUGGAUCAGGCAGACAAAGAUGAUGGACAGGCGAGCAGUCAUUGGGGCUUCUUUACUUGGAUUGUGAUUAUCGUCUUUCUCGGCACCGCGGCCUACCUCAUCUUCGGCUCGUGGCUCAACUACAACCGCUACGGUGCCCGCGGCUGGGACCUGCUGCCCCAUGGCGACACGAUCCGCGACGUGCCUUACCUGAUGAAGGACUGGACUCGCCGGGUCUUGAACACGGUGCAAGGCAGUGGCUCAAGGGGCGGAUAUAGUGCGGUCUGAAUAGCGGGAAAAAGGGAAAAGGUAUAGAUUGGGGCGCACUGAACCGGAUGGAGAACUUGUCCAUCUGGAUUCUGGUCGCCUUUGGUUUCCUUGCUUUUGGUUGGUGGUGUUAUUUGGUGCAAUAAGGAUUCGGGAGUAGUGGAGGUGUAGUAUAGCAGGAAGAUGAAUACAAACGACAGGACACAGCAUGCCCACUGUCUCGAGCUAUUUCCCAUAGUAUGCCUUCUCACUCCUGAAAAUAGGUCCCGUAAAAAGCGGAUUAGAUCGUAGACCUGCGAAGAAUUCGGAAUGCCCC